AUGACAAACUUAGGGAGACAAAAAAGGAGACUGAUUCGCGAAGGGAAGAGAAAGAUUGAUCAUCACAUAGAAACAAAGCUAAUCGUGAAGAUAUUACGUGCAUGCACAACCGAUGACCAAAAUCUUUUGCAACAUCCAAACUACUAUAAAGUUAUUGCAUGGACAGACCCUGUAGAACCAUACACAACACAGGUAUGGGUUUCCAAAGGCAACUAUUGGAAGUAUAAUACAGAAUUGGCGAUUCCCUUAGAUUCUCCUGCAAAAUAUCUUUACCUAGAAUUGUUUAGAAAACAUUCUUCUAGAGAUCCUGCAACAUCAGAUGGAGAAGUUGCCAUAGGUCGGGCUAAGAUUCGAUUGCCAAAGGAUGGAAAGUUCUCUGGUGCAGCUCGUCUCGUUGAUUUGAACAGUGAUCGUUGUAUCGUGGAUAAAGGAACUCUUGAAUUGUCUUUGGAACUAAUUCAUACGAUUGUAGUAACAUAA